AAGYCAAUUUAUCAUUYGAUCAAUCUCUUCCCAAGGAUUUACAUCCAUAUUGUUUCCAUGGCCAGCACUCUUUCCAAAUCCAGCUAUUCAGCUGCCAUUUUUCCAAGUUCCUUCUUUUUCUUCUUCCUCUUCUCCAAUGUUGCUGYAAGUAGUAAAUCUUAUCGUUUCUCUGAAACCACAGAAACAGAGUCUAUGGGGCUUAAGCGAGAGAAAAUAACCCACCUUCACUUUUACUUUCAUGACAUUCUUAGUGGCCGGAAUCCGACUGCCAUCCAAAUUGUAAAGCCACCGGCAUACAAAUCAUCAUUAGCCACAGGUUUUGGUGCAGUGUUCGUGAUAGAUGACCCAUUAACUGAAACUCCAGAGGUGACCUCGAAGCUGGUUGGAAGGGCUGAAGGGAUCUAUGCCUCCACAUCGAAAGAAGAGCUGGGUUUGUUGAUGGUCUUGAACUAUGCAUUCAUGGAAGGGAAGUACAACGGGAGCACGCUUAGCAUACUGGGGAGGAAUACUGUAUUCUCCACGGUAAGAGAGAUGCCGGUGGUCGGAGGAACUGGGCUUUUCAGGUUUGCUCGAGGCUAUGCUCAUGCCAAGACCCACAGAAUAGAUCUCAAGACUGGAGAUGCGGUUGUUGAGUAUAAUGUUUUUGUAAUCCAUUAUUAAGCUAGCCCCUCCUCUCUCUCUCUCUCUCUUCGUAGUCUUGUUACUCGCCCUGUCGCCCAUCUCUUUAUCCAUUUAUUUGAUUUAGUUUUAGCCACCUAUUGAGAAAAUGCUUGUUAUCCAAUGAUUUCAAUCCAAUCUUAUGUGUGAGA